GAGCGGGUGUUCCAUGUGCUUUGCCUCUCCGCUCCGUGACGAGACUCCGUAGCGUGAAGAAUGUAGUCGUCCUCGACCGUGUCGGAUCACGUGUUAAUCAACCGCGGACAGUUCACAGUUUAGUCGAUCACGUGUCGUCUCACAAGUGCUCGUCCGGGCUGUAUGCCGUGAUCAAUGUAUUUUCUGUGCUCCGUUUUUGUCGUCGUGACAAUGGCGAAUCAGUAAAGCUUUACCGACCAGUAUUCGCCUUUCUAUGACUCUGUGACACGUGAUAAUUGACGGAAUUGUGGUUGACACAGUGCGUGGUCCUGUGAAAGGAUUAACAAGUUCUAUACAUGGUUUAUCGAUUGCAUGGAAGACGAAUUUACAUUGUGAAAUGCAUCACGAAGAGAAAAUAUUUGGAUUACGAAAUUGUUCCUGUUAAUAGUCUCUCGGAGAUGAAUUUUUUCCGGAAUUCGCCGUUCCACUAUAAUCCAGUUAUACAUCGUUUCGCCAAACAUUUACGCACCCUUCUACGGGUUUUCGGUAUUUUUUCACCCUACGAAUGAACUCGUUCGCUUCUGAACUUAUCAAGUGUAUAAACCCGUCCCAGUGAACGCUCCAGAUUGAAAAACUUUUUCAUAUGUCACGUCACGUUCAUGCUAAAUCCCCCUGUUAACGAUUUCACGAAGGCCGCUAUGGAAAGUACAGAAACACGGUGAAUCGUAGUUCACACGGUGAAUCAGCAAUUCGGCAUUUUUCAUUGAGACUUUGAUAAGCGGCUUAUACUGAGCUACUUAAAGAAAAUUCUCUGCUGUUCUUAUACACGAUUUAUCACGACAAUUAAUGAGCCACUAUAUGAAUAACGCAUUGUCGCCAAUUUGAAGACGUUCGUUCGCCAGAAACACAUAUUAUUUAUAUCAGCCUUGAGUGCUCGCGAAACGGUUUAAUCACGGAAGAGUAACCACCGUCGUCUCCUUUCGCUGCAUUCAACGGUUUCGCGUUAUUAUUACGCGUGGUCAACAAUGUUGGUCGAUUUGUAACGGUUAAUUGCGGAUUUGCCUAUCACUACAGUGAGACGAUGACCCAUUGAAUAGAUGUUACACGAGCUAAUAUUUACAAAGUACAGAACGUUCGGACACGAUGGACAAUUAAUCUCGCGAAGGGUCGCUCGCAAUAACCUCGUAAUUGGUGUCUAUUUUGGAAGCGAUGCGAAACUUUUUUAAUUCAACCAAUUCCGAAUUGAACUUUUUGCAUCGCGCGCAAUAAAACUCGAAUUAUUCGCUAAUUAUUCCGUGGAAAUAUUAUUUCUGCCAUAGAAUCGGCUAACGAGGAGAAGACUGAAAAAUAAAAAACAAUUUUUCCGGGGUAUGUAACAAACUGACAAUGAGUGAAACGAGUCUCGUUUGUCAGGUUAAUCGAUGCAAAAUACAAAUUAAUAAACCGCUCGGAGAAUCAUCGAAUUUCAAUACUAAACUCGAACAGGCCUAAUUAAAUCGUACACCUGCGGAAUUCUCUACGCUGCUGUGAUCUAUGUAUAAUUGAACUGCAAUUCCGUUGUCGUGACGCGAUGUAACAUUUGGAAUCGAGCAAUAGUAGUUGGGAAAUAGACGGAGAAAAAUGUAAAUAAUCGAUUGCAAUUAACUCGUUGACGGGUGUUCAGCGUUCACACCGCAAAUCAAAUGCGUGCGUCUGGUAAAGGCGGAUCAGUCACGUGUGCGUGUUUGGCAUCAUGAGUGCAUUCGACUGCAACCGUUUCCCAUGCAGUUGCGUGGCCUACCGCCCGGGAAAAUCGUGUUAACUAUAAUUCGAAUCAACACUGUUUUCACGCUACUCCCUUUGCUCGCUGCCCUCGACGACGAUUACUCUCGUUCGAUUAAAGAAUUUCAUUCAAUCGAAUACAUUUCGAACAAUAAACCCUUCGGAUUCAUUAUUUAACGCGAGUCUCGUGCAUCAGUCCGUCGUAUAUCAAUUUUAUCGGUCAGUAAUAUCGCGGUUUGGUAUAAUAAAACAAUUUUUUACACGUGUCCGCUGAAUUGGAGCGAGAUAAUAAUUUCAAUCCGGAAUUAUCGAUUCGCGUCCGUAAAAGUUCGCUGCAGAAUUACUGCAAUUCGGGAAAAUGAAAAGAAUUCAGUUUCGUUCGUAAAGCGAGCAUAUCGGAUGCAGCUAACCGAAUAAUUAUUUAUAUUUAUUAGAAUAUUACGGUUUCCGUAUUAAAAUCAAAUUCUGUGUACUACAAGUUUCUAGCUAGAGUAAAAGUCGAAAACAAAAUUAACGAAUGAAAUUCCAUAAACGUAAUUUUCGGCCGACAUUUCCCUUGAACUACAGGUUUAAUUCUCGGCUAGGUUUCGUGCAGGAAACUGGUGCACGCUAGAAAUUGGACUACAUUUUUACCUCCUCUGGUUACACUCGAAUUCUCAGCGGUCGUGUCAGUCGACAGUAAGGUGGCGUCGGUCGUAAAAGUUUCACCGUCGGGAGAAAUACGGGCCUCGAAUCCGCAAUUAAAAUCGGUCGAAAUUCCAUCGUCCGACAGACAGGUUGGUCACGACGUACUUAACCGCGUCGGUUGAUUAGAAAGGACAGUGAAUGGGAAGGGUUGAAGAACGAAUAGAAUUCCGUCAGGGGCAUUGAAAGGAGUUUUAUUUUUUAACGAGCGAACUGAGACGGUCGGUGAUCGAUCCGUGUAUUCGCCUCGCAUAAUAGCGGGUGCCCGGAUUCAAUUUGUCCCGACGGUAAGGGAUCCAUCGGUCUCAUCGAUCCGCGAGCGGGACAACGCGUUUCGUCAUCGAAUCGACGCUAUGCGUCCGCGAUUGGACGGAUACGGCUGUUCCGGCACCGUUGAAGGAUCGUCGAGUGGAUCACCGAAUCGACAGGGGAGUGUAGGUUUGCUCCAUUGAGUACCAACGAGAGCCACGGCAACACACUGUUACGCGUUACCGGCGGCGCCGGUUCGGUGUUAAUUAGCAGACAUGUACGCCCACGUGCACGGCGAUAACGGCAUGUGCUGUUAUCUGCCCACCGUGCUCUACCUCGAGCGAUACCAGGCUCAUAGAGCUCUGGAGCUGCUCGAGGAUUAUCACGCGAAGCUGACUAGGCCACAGGACAAGCAGCUGCGAUUGGCCAUUGAACGUGUCAUACGAAUUUUCAAGAGCAGACUGUUCCAGGCGCUGUUGGAUAUUCAAGAGUUUUACGAGCUGACGUUGCUCGACGAGUCAAAAUCGGUGCAGCAGAAAACGGCGGAGACGAUCCGGAUCGCCGACAAAUGGGAAGCCAGCGACGGGCCAAUUACGCCGACCUUCGCCCAGAAUGACGGUGGUCCUGACUUCCCGGUGAACCAGACACUGUCGAACAUUUACGGCCGCAAAUCGGCCAGUCCGGAGGCGCCAGACCACGUAGACGAAACUCAGAAGGGCCGGCACACCGUUGAUUUUGAGGAACGCAUGGUACCGCCGUCUCCACUAAUUGCUAAGAGUGCCCAGCAGCAAGAAGCUAAACUGAAUUCGGUGAUCAUCGACCCUGUACAACAAUUGCCCCUCGUGCACGACGUUACAAAUCGGAGCCAUGACAGUUGGCAAGGACAAGAUGGAGACCAGGCACACACACCCCUCCUUGCGGCUGACACGAGACAUGUCAACGGUGACGAUGAUUGGGAAUACGAGGAGAUCGUGCUGGAGAGGGGUGGCGCUGGACUUGGCUUCAGCAUCGCCGGGGGCACGGACAAUCCACAUUUCGGCAACGACACUGCCAUUUACAUCACGAAACUUAUACCGGGCGGUGCCGCGUCUGCGGACGGCCGCCUCCGCGUCAACGACACGAUACUCCAGGUGAACGACGCGUCUGUAGUCGACGUAGCUCACGCGACUGCCGUCGACGCUCUCAAACGCGCAGGGAACACCGUCAAACUCUAUGUUCGCCGGAGGAGGCACACGCAGCUGGUCGAAAUUGAGCUAAUCAAAGGUAACAAGGGCCUCGGUUUCAGUAUAGCCGGAGGUAUUGGCAAUCAGCAUAUACCAGGCGACAAUGGGAUCUACGUGACGAAAAUUAUGGAAGGCGGUGCUGCGCAAGUGGACGGUCGUCUUGUCGUUGGAGACAAAUUGGUAGCCGUCAGAAACGCUCUGCAGGGCGACAAAAACUUGGAGAAUGUGACGCACGAAGAAGCGGUGGCGACGCUGAAGGCGACUCAGGAUCGCGUGGUCCUACUGGUAGCGAAGCCGGAAACCGGAAUCGUCCCGCCGCCGCCACCCCCGAUGGCCUCGGACAAUUCGCUCUCGCCGCAGCCACGGAAGCAAAAUGGAUCUGUGUCGGCGCUGGAGAACAACUCGACUCUGCCGUAUUCGCAAGAAUCACGUCACGCGUCUUCUCUCGCACUUCACGGAGCGACUACGCCGCGAGCUGUUUCCCAGGAGGACGUAUCACGGGAGGUACGUACUGUCGUACUGAACAAGGGCUCAUCCGGACUCGGUUUCAAUAUCGUCGGUGGCGAAGAUGGCGAGGGAAUUUUCAUUUCCUUCAUCCUAGCCGGAGGUCCUGCCGACCUCAGCGGUGAACUACGCCGUGGCGACCAGAUACUCAGCGUCAAUGGCAUUAAUCUACGGACAGCCACCCAUGAAGAGGCCGCCGCGGCCCUCAAGGGCACCGGGCAAACAGUGACGAUCGUGGUACAGUACAAGCCCGAAGACUACAACAGAUUCGAGGCGAAGAUCCAUGAUCUUAAGCAGCAGAUCUCCCAGCAGAAUUUGAUGACAGGCACCCUCAUGAGGACCUCGCAAAAGAAAUCGCUUUACGUCAGAGCGCUAUUCGACUACGAUCCUAACAAGGACGACGGGCUGCCGAGCCGCGGUUUGGCAUUCCGUUACGGUGAAAUCCUACACGUGACGAACGCCAGCGACGAUGAAUGGUGGCAGGCGAGAAGAGUGACUCCUCAGGGAGAGGAGGAAGGCCUCGGUAUAAUACCGUCGCGCAGACGAUGGGAACGGAAGCAGCGCGCCAGGGACCGUUCCGUCAAGUUUCAAGGCCACAUGCCGGUCAUCCUCGACAAGCAAUCGACGCUGGAUAGGAAGAAGAAGAACUUCUCGUUCAGCAGGAAGUUCCCAUUCAUGAAGAGCAAGGACGACAAAUCCGAGGAUGGUUCGGAUCAGGAACGGUCGCCCACGACACCCGAGAACGAAAACGAUCCUACACCAUUCAUGCUGUGCUACACCCAGGACGACACUAACACCGAAGGGAGUAGAGAAAUUUUAUAUCGCGUCGAACUGCCUUAUAUGGAGGAACUGACGUUAGUUUAUCUGGAACAGGAAGACGAUGUGAAUAAUGAGAUUAGCAGCGAAGAAAACGUGCUGUCCUACGAGGCAGUCCAACAGCUCACCAUACAAUACACCCGGCCCGUCAUUAUCCUCGGUCCUCUCAAGGAUCGUAUCAACGACGACCUCAUCUCGGAGUUCCCCGACAAGUUCGGCAGCUGUGUGCCACAUACGACGAGGAGUAGAAGAGAAUAUGAAGUGGACGGACGGGACUAUCAUUUCGUGGCGUCAAGGGAACAAAUGGAGAGGGAUAUUCAGAACCACUUGUUCAUCGAGGCUGGACAGUAUAAUGACAAUCUUUAUGGAACAUCUGUGGCAUCAGUGCGAGAAGUCGCUGAAAAGGGGAAACAUUGUAUUUUGGACGUGAGCGGAAACGCUAUCAAAAGGUUACAAGUAGCGCAGCUAUACCCCAUUGCGAUCUUCAUUAAACCGAAAUCCGUGGAGUCGGUCAUGGAAAUGAAUAAGAGGAUGACCGAAGAGCAAGCGAAAAAGACGUACGAACGAGCAUUGAAGAUGGAGCAAGAGUUCGGAGAGUACUUUACUGCCGUGGUGCAAGGCGACACUCCGGAGGAGAUUUAUGUAAAAGUGAAGGAGGUGAUCGCUGAGCAGUCAGGCCCGAACAUUUGGGUACCAUGCAGGGACCAGCAACUGUGACGUCCUGCCCCCCACGCUCAGCCCGGCCCGAACGCUUGGACUUUGCCGCCGAGGCGUCAAGCUUAAUAAAAAUUAAUCGAGUCUAAUGCCUUUCCCCGUUCCCAUCCCGUCCCACGUCACUCCACGGCCCACCUUACACCCUCUGCCUACCAAUUAGCACAAUGUCCCAGUUGAGCAGGCGUACACCUCGUCGAAGAAGGACUUCGAGAGCGAGUAGUAAAGCGGAAGACAGCUUGUUUAAGAAUGACUAGAGGAAGAUCAGCUGUUUAACCUGAAGACUGGAUGAGACGACGAGGUAUGAUUUUUGGGAGCGUUUCCCGAGUAUCUAUCAUGCAGGAACUCGCGGAUCAGCGAGAAUUUUAUUAUUCGACGAGAGAUCCGGCACCGCGGAGUAUUUAAAGAAGCGUUUUAAAGAUUCCACCCCGCCGAGAUCGUCAAAUGGGGUGGUUAUGUGUUAUAGUGUUAAAUACCAGAUGUGUUUCGUUGUAAUCCACGAUGUUCGUCAUGCUUUUCGUGAUUGGUUUUUAUCACGAUGUUAAAACGUCGAACGCGAAUACACGGCGAAAGAAGGCAUAGCGCAUUCUCCUGAUUGCAACCGGAAACAUCGUUUUCCAUUGUAUAUCCGCAGAAGGGAAUAAGAGGAGAAGAUAAGACCGCUGUGUAUUUGUUUCGAAAUCGAUUUUAACGCGUUUCGACAAUUCGAGGAACAUCGAGGAGCCGCGUGUGUUUUAUCGGAGGAUUCGCGUCGCGGUUAAUCGACCACGACGCGUUCCGCUGUGUUACGUUGUAUGUGUACAGAGUUUCACGCCGAUCGCUGUUAUAAUAAAUAGAUGCAUAAACUCGGCCGAGGUCGAAGGAACAGUGCGAACGAUAAAACAAAACGUUAAAUAAAUAAAAAAGUAAAAUAAUAGAUGUUUAAGAUAGUUUUCUCGUCGCGGUCGCAAGACGCGCACACAGCACGUUUAGACGUUCAAAGAGAAAGACGAGAGAAUUUUUCCCCACGCGCAAAUCGCGACGGCUACGACGAGCGUGACGGAUGAAUCAAGAGAGAAAUAAUAUAAAAAUGAUUGUAGGAAAGUAGACGCGCGAGGCAGGAAAUGAGUCGGAAUAUAAAAGUAAACGAACAAAGAAAAUGGGAAUUACUUGGCUUCACCGAACACACUAUAUAUGAUCGUAUAGCUUGGUCCGGUUAAUUCUGAGCGAAGUAGCGUGGUAUUUUUUAACGUACUUAAUCGCAAUAAAAAUGGCUGAGGACAGGAGAGAGAUGGAAAUCGAUUAGAUUUGUUGGUCGAAGAGAUGACGAUUCGAAUCCUUGAUCAUGAAUCAAACGAGUAUAAGAGGAAACUAGAAAUGUUGUUCGAGGAAUGAGUGUCUGUUUCUUUUUUUCGCGGAAUCAACCAUAUAUAACAGAUGGCAGAGAAUAAAAAAAUAAGACUCGGACGUAAUAUUUACGAGAACCUCAUGAUUCAUCAAACCUCACACGACAAAUCUCUAGAUGCUAGAAUAGCGAUAUAUAAUGUUUUGUACAGCUAGAUUACUAAGCCAGUACUGGGUUACGUGCAACAUUAUAUAUAUAAAUAUAUAUAUAAAUAGAGAGAAAGAGAGAGAGAGAGAAAGAGAGAGAACGUGAGGUAGAGAUCGAAAGAGGAUGAGUGAAUGUGAGGGAGAAAGAGAACAGAAGACGAGCGUCGAGGGUAGAGAGAAUGAAUGCUAUUGUAAUUUAACAUACCACUAUUAAAUUAUUAUUACAAUAGUAGGUAUAUAAAUAUAUAAUUACUGUAAAUACCUGCAUCCGGGUAAUUGAGAUGGUAUAUGGUGGUAGCGUGAAAGAGGGAGGAGCGGAUUUUAAACGCGAGUUUCGCGAUUUAUAUUUUCGUUUCGAAGGAGGAUUUCGUUUUCUGUGAUUGGUCCGGUUGCCAAUCUGCAGAUAACCGGAUGCGGAUGAAAGAAAACGAAACGGGUUUCAAUAAUGAAACGUCUUUAUCGAUCUUCAAUGUCCACCUAAAACAAACGGCGUUUUUUUCCGCUUAAAGCCGUUUGCACGAAGGCAAUCACAUCUUUUCGGAAUCACAUCACAUACAGGUCGGAAUAUCGGAUAAGAAUUUGUUCGAUGCGAUACAGGAACGGAGAGACUAAAGGAGGGAAAUAAUAAUCGAUCACGCAGUGUGUACUUAUCGGUAAUAAAGGAAGAGCAUGAGGAGCAUAUCGCGUGUCGCGGAAAAGCAUUAAUAGGGCGAUGGGAAAUCGUUCCAUUGGAGCUGGAACCGUAGCUAAAACUGUAUAUCGUCGCAAAGACCAUACGCCUACACUGUUUAAUUUCGCGAUCGUCGGAUCGUCGACCGAUUUCGCGAACCGUUUCGCCCAUCGUUCGGCCCGGACGAGCGAAAGGAGCUGAUGAACAAAUCUUGCGUUCUUUUCUCCUCGUUUUAUUCGUAGGACGUGUUACGCGCGAGAUCGACAUCGGUUGAUUGGGUAUAUUAAUAAUAACAGUAAUAUUAAUAAUAAUAAUUAGCAUGAGUACGCUUUCUACGAGCUAUUUUUCCUACGACAGAUCCUGUGUUUAGAGUCGUUUACGCAACAGCCGUCGCACGUAUUAAAGAGAAUAAAAGAAAAAAGAUAAAAAAAGCAGAAACUGUAUUAUUGAUAUAGUUGGAGAGGAUGAGUGACGAGAAUCAUUGUCGUAAUUAAAAUGAAUAAAAAAUAUUGUCGCACAGUUUGUGCCUGAAGACAGAGAUGCAUGUGCGUGCGUGCGUGCGUGCGUGCGCGUGUGUGUGUAUGUAUGUAUGUAUGUAUGUAUGUAUGUAUGUAUGAAUAAAAAGAGACAACUGGUGAUCAGACUCCACCAGAAAUCGAUAAGAAUCAUGGAAAAUGAGAGUAAAGAAAAUAACAAAGGUGACGAAAAAGACGUCUCUCUUGAUGUAAAGGAAACGUAUAAAGAGAAUAAUUACUACAGACACUUAUUAUACACCUCUAUAGUCUAUUUAAUAAUAUUACUUAUUAAAUUGUCAAACUCAUGUUCACCUUGUUUCAUCGUUUUUAAAUAGUUAAUAAACGUUUUACCAAUUUUAAA